AGUCAGAGAGAUUGCAAGAACUCAGCUUAGGCACAGAUUUCAAAUAGGCAGGACAGAAAGAAGAAUGCAGAAAGAGAAAAGGUGCAAGUAAAUGUAGCUGGAGAAUUAGUAUCUAGGACAUUAAAAAGUAUUAUCCUUAAAACCACAUAAAUAAGGGAAAGAAAAAACGAGUGAAUUCAGCUGAGCUAUGAAAGUUAUGAGCUGCCGGGUUCAAUAUGUGGUUCUGCUGUCCUCACUACUGUGCUUCUCUGGGGUGUGGUCCCAGGACUCGAAAGAACGAGAUGCCUUCUGCAACAAGGAUGGAUGUUAUGUGCUCUACUUUAAGCGUAAAAUCUUCCUGGAUGCUUGGAGGAGCUGCAAAGCAUUAGACGGUGACCUAGCUACAAUCAAGCACCCAAUGGAAGCAAAAGUAGUGGAGAGGUUUUUCUCCAAUGUGGAAUUGAGAUCACACCAUAGAGGCAAGGUAGAAAUUUGGAUUGGACUUCAGAGGCAACCCCGACAGUGUGCACCCACCCGGCCCCUCCGUGGCUUCUCGUGGAUCACCGGAGAUCAGGACACUCAGUACACCAACUGGCUACAAGAGGAUUCUCCAAAUAGUUGCUCAUCCCCACACUGUGUGGUGACAGGAUACAGCACCUCAGCCCAUGAGCAAGGGAAGAAUUUAAAAUGGAAGGAUAAACCCUGUUCGAUUUCAGUGGAUGGGUACCUUUGUCAGUUUACCUACAAUAGCAUGUGUACAGCUCUUUCUAGUGAAGGAGGUGGUAAUAUACUUUAUAAUACUCCUUUUAAGAUACUGAGUACCAUCUUAACACACGUCCCAUCUGGAACAAUUGCAACUGUACCAUGCCCUGUUAAGGAAGACCAGUCAGUAAUGUGCAUGCAAAAGGAAGAUGGACGUAUCGGUUGGAACAGGGAUCCACCUGUGUGCUUUGAUCCUCCUGAAACACGCUGGUGUGAUGAGGACAACGGAGGUUGUCAACACUUAUGUUUUGAGGAAGAAACACAUUACUACUGUGACUGCAAUAAUGGCUUCAUCCUGGCUGAGGAUGGGGUAAGCUGCUUUCCUAUUAAUCCCUGCAAUGAGUCUCCAUGUGUGUCUGGGUGCCUGCCAAUGAUGGACAGCUACCGCUGUACUUGUUCUGAUGGAUACAUGUUGGCACCUGAUGAACAUAGUUGUGUUGAUGUAAACGAAUGCCUACAGAGCCCCUGUGAGCAAAUUUGUGUAAAUGAAAUUGGAACCUUUGAGUGUCGCUGCAGAGAGGGCUACCAACUGAACGAGGAAGGUGUCUGUGAAGAUGUAGAUGAGUGUAUGAGUAACCCGUGUGAACAUGCCUGUGAGAACACAGAAGGCUCCUAUAUUUGCCACUGCCUCGUUGGUUAUGCCCUACUGCAGGAGGAUCAGAAUCGCUGUUAUGACAUUGACGAAUGCCAAAUUGAAGACACCUGUGAGCAGAUGUGCCACAAUUAUGGAGGAAGUUAUGACUGCUUCUGUAAAGAAGGCUAUAAUCUUCAACCUGACCAAUAUUCCUGCAGACCCAUUAGGGCGCAUUUAGAUAAUCCCACCACCACUGUGUCAAACUCAUGGAUUACACCCACCCCUAUUGGGGAACCACAGGAUCCUGUUCACCCAUGGAAUCCCGCAACUCCUUUUAGGGGAGAAUGGCAGACAGAAACACCUCAUGUAGAGGCAAUUCCAACAGACCUUAUUUGGUUCACAAGUACAACCGAUGAACCAGAAAUGACCACACCUACUGAAAGCUCCCCUGAGGUCAAUGUUGAUGGUGGCAGUGACCUCUAUCCAGAAGACCCGGAGCCUAAUACAUUUCCACCCAUAAUUACAACACCCACACCAGACUAUAAUGAGGAUGAGAGCACCCCAGUUCCCACAGUCCUCCCCUUCUCCACAGCUGCAGGCGGAGCUUGGAUUUGGCUCUGGUUCAGCCCAACCCAAACAGAGCCUGUGACACAAGUAACAGCAAAGAACCCUUCUGACCCCCAACAGGAAAAUAACUCAUAUGAGAAAUCCCAUGGAUAUACAAAAAGCUUUGAUGAUGAAUUAACCACAUUUACCCCAGAUAAUCAAACCUCAGUGCAAGGAACAGAGAAGGGCAGAAGUAGUAAUGAUGACAACAACAACAACAAUAAACAGAGUCAAGGAAGCAACUUGUUAUUGAUCGGAUUGCUAGUGCCAUUUUGCAUAUUUACUGUGGUGAUGAUAAUACUGGGCAUUAUAUAUUGUACCCGUUACACUGUUAAGCCAGAACAGAAAAACAGAAACAACAGUGAUUGCUACCACUGGAUUGCUGGUGCUGGUGAUAAAGCAGCCGCUGAAAUAUCUGGCAGUGGAACCAAGUCCCACGUUUAAACUAGAAGAUUGUGAUUGGAGUCAAAACAUAAAUGGAAUUUGUUUAAACACAUUUUUUCAAACCGGAAACAGAUGUAUAGUGGGUUUGCUUCCCAAAUUUUCCCUGACAUGUUUCAUCCAAAAUUAAUUGUGGAUGUUUAUCUGAUUUAUCUAUUAAGCGGAAAGGGAUCAAAGAGGAAUGACUUUUAAAAAACCCAUGAGCUUUGUUUUUUUGCUGCCCUCUGAGAGGCAAAAUAAAUGUGUCUACUGUUGCUUACACUGUUCUUUUAGUUUGCGAAACAAAUGCCCAACAGUGCAAAAGUGCAUACUUAAUGGAUGAAGACACUUUAGCCUGGUUGAGUAAUGCAGGUCAUAUUUAUUUCUUUUUUAUUUGAAGAAACAAUCUUUUAAAAUAACUGAGUUUGUAGCUUACAAUAGAAUCAUGUCUUAAGAGAUUUGCUGUGCAAGAAGCAGUUUUUUACUGUUGUGUUCUCAUUCUGAUAUAGACCGAGAAAAAUGUUUUUUAUUCACUGUGAUCAUACGUGUAAAAUGUAUUGCCACCAAUUUGUGCCUGAAGUCAGACCUGCAGUGAUACGCAUGUUCAACAGUAUUGUUGGGUUCUUGCGAAAUUGACAUUUUAGCCAUGAUACAACACUGUAAGAGUGAUGUGACCUGGUGUUCAUACUGUAAAACAGUAUAAACAGGCUGCAUUUUGAAAUCAAAUACUUCUCUUUGAUCAGUUUGUAUAAUUAUGUUUUAUUAUACUUGAGGCUAAGGGAACAAGGUGCAGUUGAACUUGUAAUUGAAAGAUUUAUUGUUUCAAACCACCUUUAGCAACUGAAUCUACUUUUGAAACAAAAUGUUCAACAUUUACUACGUCUUUAUUUUAUUUACUUGUUCAUUAAAGGUUUAAUGGUGAAUGUUUU